AUGGGCCAUCUCCACAUCUCCUCCUCUUCGUGCUCCUCCUCCACGGCGUCGGAGGAAUCCAUUUAUUCUUCCGCCGCCGCCGACCUGUACAGACAGCUCCUCGCCGGCGAGAAGAGCGGCGGCGGGAGCGCCAAGCGAUCCCGCGAUGAGUGGGAGCAGCUGGUGACCGUCUUCCGCCACUUCUCCAAGUCCGGCUGGGCCUCCGACCAGGCCCUCGCCAUCUACAUCCCCGCGUCCUUCUUCCCCACCGCCGCCCACCGCUUCCGCAGCUUCGUCUUCAAGCUCAUCGGCGACGGCCACUUCUCCCGCCUCCUCUCCCUCGGCCCCUCCCCCGCCGCGGACCGCUUCCUCUUCCCGGCCUUCGCCGACUUCUGCCUCGCCGAGUUCCCGGAGCAGAUGAAGAAGCACCGCCUACUGGUCUCCUCCGCGGACCUCACUUCCCCCCAAACCUGGUUCCCCUUCGCCCGCGCCAUGAAGCGGCGCAUCGUCUACCACUGUGGACCCACCAACAGCGGCAAGACCUUCAACGCGUUGCAGAGAUUCAUGGAGGCCGAGAAGGCCGUCUACUGCAGCCCCCUGCGGCUGCUGGCAAUGGAGGUCUUCGACAAGGUCAACGCCACGGGCGUCUACUGCAGCCUGCUCACCGGGCAGGAGCACAAGGCCGUGCCCUUCUCCCGCCACACCGCCUGCACCGUGGAGAUGGUCUCCACGGAGGAGCUCUACGAGGUGGCCGUGAUCGACGAGAUCCAGAUGAUGGCGGAUCCCACCCGAGGCUGCGCCUGGACCAGGGCCCUGCUAGGGCUCAUGGCCGACGAGAUCCACCUCUGCGGCGACCCGAGCGUGCUGGCCAUGGUGAGGAAGCUCUGCGCGGACACCGGGGACGAGCUGGUGGAGAAGCACUACCAGAGGUUCAAGCCGCUGGUGGUGGAGGCGCUGACCCUGCGCGGGGACCUGAGGAACGUCCGCGCCGGGGACUGCAUCGUCGCCUUCUCCAGGAGGGAGAUCUUCGAGGUGAAGCUCGCCGUGGAGAAGUUCACCGCGCACCGCUGCUGCGUCAUCUACGGCGCGCUGCCGCCGGAGACUCGCCGGCAGCAGGCGGGGCUGUUCAACGAGGAGGGCAACCAGUACGACGUCCUCGUGGCCAGCGACGCCGUUGGCAUGGGGCUCAACCUGAACAUCCGCAGAGUCGUCUUCUACUCCCUCUCCAAGUACGACGGCGAGAAGGUCGUCCCCGUCGGAGCUUCUCAGGUUAAGCAGAUCGCCGGAAGGGCCGGCCGGCGGGGAAGCCGCUACCCGGACGGCCUGGUCACCACAUUCCAGUCCGGCGAUCUCCCUUACCUCGUCGACUGUCUCCGGCGGCCAUUCGAGGAGGUGAAGCAGGUGGGCCUCUUCCCCUUCUUCGAGCAGGUGGAGCUCUUCGCCGGACAGUUCCCGGAGCUGCCGUUCCCCCAGCUACUGGACAAGUUCCGGCAGAGCUGCCGCCUCGACGGGGCCUUCUUCCUCUCCCGCCAUGACCACGUCAAGAAGGUGGCCAACCUGCUGGAGAGGGUGGAGGGGCUCUCCCUCGUGGACCGCUUUAACUUCUGCUUUGCCCCCGUGAACAUCCGGGACCCCAAGGUGAUGCACCACCUGGUGAGGUUCGCCAUGAAUUACAGCUUGAAGAAGCCCGUGGGGAUCUCGCUUGGCAUGCCCAGGGCCUCUGCGCGCAGCGACGCGGAGCUUCUGGACCUCGAGACCAAGCACCAGGUGCUCUCCAUGUAUCUGUGGCUCUCUCACCAUUUCAAGGAGGAGACCUUCCCGCAGGCGGAGAAGGCGCAGACCAUGGCCGCCGGCAUUGCGGACCUCCUCGGGAAGUCGCUCGCCAGGGCUUGCUGGAAGCCCGAGCCCCGUUUGCAGCGAGACCAGAGCCGGCGGCGCCGCCCCAAAGAGGAGGGGGAGGAAGAAGACGAGCUUCAUCUAGCAGAGGAUGAAUACGGCGGCGGCGGCGGCGACGACGAUGACCGCAGGGGGAGCGGCGGCUACUACGACCGGCCCAGGUCGCUGAUCCCAUUGUUUCAGAGGUGAGCGUCCUGCCCUAAUUUUUUUUCUCGAUUGGUCUGGCGACCACCCUCGAUUUUUUUCGACGAAUCACGUCUCGAAGAACUUCUGGGUGCUUCACUCUGUUCCCAAAAACUAGGAAAAUAAUUAUCUUUUUUCCUUUUCUGGGGGCAUCUUGCCGUCUUCUUCCUCAGAAAUCGCCAAGAACUUGCUGCUUGCGACUGAAAAUCUGCUUUGUUUUUUCUUGGGUGCUCGAAACCGUUUCUUGAUGUUGGUGGGUUGUCUUCUUUGUCAGCAGAAAACGCAAGAGGAAGCCUCUCACGACGUCCUCUGCUCCGAGAGUGACCACGUAG